AUGGUCGUGCGAGAUGGCGAUGACGCCGAUGAGUUUACCGUCGCUGCAAUGACGCGUGACAGGGCCGCGCCUUCUCAUGAAACCACUCCGACAAAUAUCACUACUCCUUCCAAAUCUGGACUCUUCCAUAUCGAUAUUCCCCACCUUCCUCUGGCCACCGACAUCGCUCUUGCCGCACUGUCGACGCUUCCCACUCCUCUCCUCGUCCUCUCUUCUCUCAAAACCGUCCUGGUCGCCAACAGUGCUUUAGCAAAGCUGCUCGGCCUCGACCACAGUGAUCCCGACACCACUCCCACUGACCUCCUCAGAGGCCAGACCCUGUCUCAAAUCGGUAUUGAUUUAGUAUCCGACGGUGCUCCUGUCUGGGUUAGCUGGGACAAAUUUCUGGACAAUGUCGCGGCUGGCUUCAAAUAUGCCCCGGAGGAGAUCAACACUCCUGGGGAGUCAUUGCCUGGCAUUUCUAGCGGCGAAACCACCCCUACCUCCAGUCCUUUAGUCCAGCGAGGUCGAUCGCCUGGAAAACUCAAAACCCAUAAAGUCCAAGACACCGUGGUUGAUGUCAUAAUCAGUGCUCGACAAUCAACCGUGGCAACUCACACACGCGGCCAGAGCCAGAAAAAGACACCCAGAGCCGGAGUUCGAGCGACCUGUCGCAUGAUCAUUUCCAUCUGGUCUCUAAGCUCUCAGCGCUUCUUCACCUUGACCUUUACCAGUUUGCCCACAGACCAUCACCGUAGAUCUCACAGCCAGUCUCAACCCGCGGCCGGCCGCGCUUCCUCUUCCAACUCAACCCACUCUUCAAGAUCCUCACAUUCCCAUACUCCGACUUCGUCCGCCACCGAAUCCCAGGCUGGCUCCCCGGCCGAACAUGCCAACGGCUCCGCAUUCCCUCCCACCAGCGCUCCUAGUCAGUGUCUGCACCCUUCCUCCUACACAGAUUUCCAGAAAAUCGUCAAAAUGAAGAAUGCCAUGCUCAAUGCCAUCGACAUACCUCUUGUCACAGUCUGGAAAGAUCAGAGCGUUGCCUUUCCCAAUCUUGCUGCUCGAAAACUGCUCGCGACUGAGGCCAAACCGACUUCUGAUGAUAGCUACGAUUUCUUCUCUCGUUUCACACCAUGGGCUGCAGAUUAUUCGAGACUCCUUGAAGAGUCCGAAAACCCGAUUGUGGCUCUUUGUCAUACUCAAAAACCUUUUAGCGGCUGGCAGGUCGGUUUGAUAGACGACAUUUCUGGCAAAAAGUCAAGGUUCGACGUCAGUGGUCAUCCGGUGUUUGAUGAGAGGAGCAAGGAGUUUCUCGCUGGCCUCUUGACUUUCAAAGACGUGACCGAAUACGAAGAAAAGAUUGCCUCCCAAUCCGUUGAAAACGAAGAGAAAUUUCGCCUCAUCUGCGAUACUAUGCCGCAAAUGUUGUGGACCACCAGACCCGACGGCUUUCAUGAUUAUUUUUCGCAAAGGUGGUACGACUACACCGGCCUCAACCCAGGCAACAGUCUAGGUCUCGGCUGGAAACUUCCCUUUCAUGAGGACGACAUGCCAAAAUCGGUGCAACGAUGGACACAUUCGUUAGCCACUGGAGACGAAUACAUCACCGAGUAUAGGUGCAGGAGGUAUGAUGGGGUAUGGCGCUGGAUGCUUGGUCGGGCACUACCUCUUCGCGAUCCCAAAAAUGGCAAAAUUUUGAAGUGGUACGGCAGUUGUACCGAUAUUCAAGAUAUCAUCGAUGCCCGUGAAGCUCAAACCAGGUCGAGGCAAAACCUCCUCGAUGUCUUGCAACAUUCACACAUGACAAUGUGGAUCGUCGACCGCGACGAAAAGCUGACCUUCUUUGAAGGUAACUUCACGGCAGAUGAACAGAAGAUGGCAACUCUCGUCGGCAGCUCAUUGACAACUCUGUUUCAGGAAUACUUGGACAUAGAGACCGCCCAGCGAUUCACACGUGCCACGCGACGAAUUUUGGACGGUACCUCGAGUUACGAAAUGUGCGAGAACAGGGUUGGCGAACGGUGGUUCCGGUCAAAACUUGUCCCCUACAAAGGCAAGCGUGGCCCGAAUGGCAUUGAGGACGACAAUUAUGUCGCCGGGGUCAUUGGCAUAGGGAGCGAAGUCACGCAAUUACGCCACCAAGAACAGGAGAACAUCACACUUUUGGCGAAUGAAACUGCAGCGAAAGAGGCAAGCAAGAUGAAAAGCAACUUCCUGGCCAAUAUGAGCCACGAGAUUCGAACACCCAUUGCCGGCGUCCUGGGAAUGUCAGACCUUUUGAUGGACACUCAGUUAGACGACGAACAGAGCGACUUUGCUCAAAACAUUCAACGAUCGGCCAAUUCUCUCCUCACUGUUAUCAAUGAUAUCCUCGAUUUCUCCAAAAUCGAAUCUGGAAGACUUGAUAUCGAAGAAGUCCAAUUCAGUUUAGGCGUCCUCCUCCGUGACGUCGGUAAAAUGCUUUCUUUCGCGGCACAGCGGAAAGGUCUGGCAUUCAGUGCCGACGUACAUCUAAAUCCCUCCGACGAUCUCAUUCUUCUCGGCGAUCCCGGUCGGAUACGUCAGAUAUUGACAAAUCUUCUCACAAACAGCAUCAAGUUCACAUCAGACGGAUAUGUGAAGAUGAGCAGCAAAGUUUUGAGUGAUGCCAACGACACCACCACAAUAGAAUUCACGGUGGAGGACACCGGGAUUGGAAUAGAAGAAGAGGUCAAAAAACGACUGUUCAAGCCAUUUACUCAGGCGGAUUCCAGCACUGCUCGCCGUUUUGGAGGCACGGGCCUGGGCUUGACAAUCUGCAAGAAUCUAGUCGAUUUGAUGCAUGGCUCUAUUCGCCUCGACUCGAAAUUGGACGCUGGCACAAAGGCAAUCUUCAGCAUUCCAUUCAAGAAAGUCGAGUAUCGGACUGGUUCUAGUUCUGCCCUUUUGGAGGUGGGCAACAUGCCUGAUCGACUACAAUCCGAGUUGUCUUUGUCUAUUGAAGGCUCCGGCAAAGAUGAGCAGCGCAAGAGCAAUAAAAACGUAGCAGUCGCUUCCAACAACCUAUCAUCAACCAACCUCUCACGACUUUCUUCGUUACAGAAUGACGUGCAACCACCAAUCCCAGAAAAAUACCUCCAGAGAGAGAACUAUCAUAUUCUGGUAGUUGAAGAUAACCCUGUCAAUCAGCAAAUCGCUCUCAAGUUCAUCAAGGCCUUCGGCUUUUCAGUCUCGGCAGUCUGGAACGGAAAAGAGGCUUUGCAGUAUAUCCUCAAGGCAACUGCAGAGGAUUUGAGUCCCGAGGAAUCUCUGAAAUACCCUAUUCCCGCCGUGGUCCUCAUGGAUGUUCAAAUGCCCGUAUUGGAUGGCUAUCACGCCACUCAUUUGCUCAGGCAUCACGCUCCUUUCACCAGCAUUCGUGCCAUUUCCACCAUUCCUAUCGUAGCCAUGACGGCGUCUGCCAUUCAAGGCGAUCGAGAGAAAUGCGAGCGGGCAGGGAUGGACGAUUACAUUGCAAAACCCGUCAAACGAGCGACCCUAGAGCAGACCAUUAUCAGAUGGAUCACCAAUGGACGUGUGCCACUGUCAGCAUCAUUGCGACCUGACAUUGAGAGGAAAACUAGCGGCGACCGAUCAUCAACGUGUACGGGACAUGACGCACUUGCCGCCGAAUUUCGCGUACCGGCAUCAAAUCUUUCGGGCUCGGAUACGGAACAGCAUUCCGCAAAGUCUGCGACAGGCCCCAAUCCUCAUGUCAAUGUUGGGCAUCCCAAACUUUCCAAAGCAUUCAUGAAUUCGAAUCCUUUAGGUGUCGAGACCGAAGGCGAUCGUGUGAUGCGCCGAGUAGAAGCAGAAGACCAGGCGCGGUCUCUUCGAGAUGCAAAAUUGAUCAGUGCAACAGAGGAAUCAAGCCAAGCUAGGAUUCCACAAAUCAUCUUCGAUGGAGACCGGCCUAUCGAUGCAAGGUCGUCUCCGCUGGCCAUGAGUGGUUCGACCAGCCAUCCAGGCGGACCUACCUCAUGUCUUGCCUUGACAGAAGAAAACAUUUCACGAUUCAACAGUGCUUAUGGUACAGAUGGUUCGAGAGGAUUGUCAACGACUCCAUUGUAUUCGAAUGAAGCGCUCCAUUCGCUUUCUGAUAUUCCCGGUCCCCCUCCGGACAGCCCAAUCGCGAACAGCGAUUCGGUGGUUGCAGGUUCGGAUUCUCAAGAUCUGAUCGAAAGCAUUAUCAAUGGCGCCAAAAUCACCUCAGACCCGCAUGAUCAUACAGAAGUCGUUGUUCAGGAACCUACUUCGCAAAACGGUCGAGGGCCUCUGGGGGCUCUGUCAGCUUCCAAUCGACAGAAGAGUGAUUGGUCAACCAGCACAGCCAGGCCGGACAAAGGUGAUUGA